CAAAAUGGUUUUAUGAAAUCCCUUGGCAUUUUUGGUUCGAUGUGUGUUUCAGAUGCAGUAACACGGACAAUUUCCACUAGCAGAAGCUUCUCUAAUGCUGAUGUAGGCAUAGUGAACACUGAAUUUCUUUUUCUGUACAGACUUAACUGCUUCAUUCUCUGAAUUAUUUCCAGAAAUAGAAAAUGCCUUGUUUCCUGUUAGCGGUUACAGCUCCAGUUUUUGGUUGUGUUUUUUUAGUAAAGUAUAAAACCUCUUAAUUAUACAACAUGGGGGGGGGGAAAUAAUUUAUGAGGAAUGUCUUUAUACAUUUGAUAAUCAAAUAUUUGGUACUACUUUUGUCCUAGAAAAAUUGUUCAUCCUAGUGCACAAGGUCUGUCAACUUUGUGUCUCUUCAUUGCUCUAGUAAGCAUGUGGGAUUGUUUGCAGCCCCUUUUAGGCAUAUUUUCCAUCCCACGGUCUUGUGCCCCAUUAACUUAAGAUCAGACAGUCUGAUCAGCGCAUUGCAAGUGUCCUGAAAAUGCUUCUGCUACAGCAUAAAGGGGUGGUGCAGCAGCUGGUUUGUACUGUUGGUAUGACCGUGCUUCACUUCUCCGUCUUCAUGUUGAAAAUUUCCACCUGUGUGUUUGCUCACUGGCAGUUUUAAGUAUGCCUUAUCCUUUAGACAAGAAACCUUUUAACAACCUUAUUUUUAUUUACUGCCUGUCCAUUUCCAGUAGGUCACAGCAUUGUUGGCUUAGAAUGUUAGAUUCAAAAUAUUCCGUAUUUAAUUGUCAGUGAUGGACAUGCCUAGGUUUUCUUUCCUGUUUGUUUAAAUUUAAACAUUCAGUAUGUAGAUCUGUUUUAAAAGGAAGUUUUGCACAAUGCAGUAUGAAAAUAAUGUUGCCACGCUUCUCUGUGGAACCUCUGCCUGUCCCCUCCCACAGGCUACCUCAAAUUUUGUUAAACAGUGUUCUGUGGUUUUGAAUCUCCUACAGGAUGGUCUCUUACAGUGGGGAUGAAAUAUGUUAAUGGACAGCAAAACUAGAGUGGCUCUGGCUACUGGGGAAGGGAGGGCAAGGAAUGUGACAAAACCAACCCUCCCUACCACAGUCACUCCUUGUCAUUUCCACUGAUGUCAGAAAUCCUCUUUAUUCAGGUUUUUUGCAAAUAUUCACUGAUCAGCCUUUUUCUGCAAUGUGAGUUAGAAACGUGACAUUAACAGCCAGAAACCACAUUCAUUAAAUGUACUCUUAGGUUAUUAACUGAGGUUGUCUCAAAUUUUGUGUAAAUACUUGAUUUACAAAUUGGAAUCAUGGCUGACUUCUCAGUAUUUUCUGUGUUGUAUUUUCUGAGUUUAUUAAUGUGAUAAGUAGCCCCAGCACUGCUGCUAAUGGACAUUCAGGAAUAGAGUCGCUAGACUGCAGAAGUUCUGCUGGUGUUUGAAGGCGUGGGAAGUCAGGCGAGUUGAUUGGGUGAAUCUUCUGUUUCUGAAUCUUCAGUCUGCCAGAAAAUACUAAAAUAUCUUGUAACCUUAGGGUCAUGCAAAUACUGAUAAUCGAGUUGUUUACCUGCUACUACAAAAUACAAGCUGUGGUGUAAAAAUGUUUUAGUAGCUUAAAACACAGUAUAUGUGCAGUCUUAGGAGGUGUGUGUUUGUUUUUAAAUCCACAUGAAGGGUGGUGGAAAGGAAUGAAGCAGUUUCUCCCAACGAAAUCAGCAGAACAUGAAGAAACUCCCGUACGCUACAGCAGCAGUGAAAUUGGUCACCUAAGACCAAGAGAAGUCCCAACAAUGCUGCAAACAGAGUCUGCAGAGUAUGCUCAGCCACUGGUAGGGGGAAUUGUCGGCACGCUUCAUCAGAGAUCAACCUUUAAACCAGAGGAAGGGAAAGAAGCAAGUUACGCCGAUUUGGACCCUUACAAUUCACCCAUACAAGAAGUUUACCAUGCUUAUGCUGAACCGCUACCUAUAACGGGACCGGAAUAUGCAACUCCAAUAAUCAUGGACAUGUCCAACCAUCCCAGCACCCCUCUUGGCGUUCCUUCCAUUUCCACCUUCAAAGCUGCAGGGAAUCAAGCUCCUCCACUGGUGGGAACUUACAAUAAACUCUUAUCUAGGACAGACAGCGCAUCAUCAGCACAGGUGCUGUAUGACACACCAAAGGGGCAGCCGGGGCCAGGUGCCACUGAUGAAUUGGUGUACCAGGUACCACAGAGUGUGGCCCAUUCCGCUGGGAGUAAGGAUGAACUGAGUUAGCUCACGAGUAAGGUAGAAUGAUGGCUUGCUUUUUAAAAGCCAAUUCCAUGAAGCUGACAGUUUCACUUUUUAAUCGCGUUGUUUUGAUAUUGUUAGUCUUAAAUAAUACAAUGUUCAACCAAAAGAUGUGGUAUUGGAGGUCUGGGAAACCAGUAAUUCUGCCUUUCCUUAAGCUGUAUAUGUAAUGACAGCUUGUUUCCUGCAAAACUGUGGACGUUUUUAUUACUACUGUACAGUUGUCUGUCAGACAUGAGAGAAGAACUCUUCAAGAUUAGCUUCAGUAAUUCAUAGAUGUGAAUGCUAAAUUGGGAGAAACAGUUUAAAGUAUGAAAGCCAGUAAUUUCUCGCUAAUGGUACUAUUUCGGGGGGGACGAC